ACUAGAAGCGCACGAAAGUUAAUGGAAAAUUCAACAGAAUUUUUGUUUAAAAAUUCUGACGAAAAUCAAUUAAAUUAGUGGCUCUUCCUGCACCUUUAAUUGACUUCAAGUGAAUUUUCAUUAACUAGUGCCAACUCAAUAUUGAAAUAAGUCUCAUAACAAUCACAGUGAAAAUCUUACGCAUUUGACUUCCGCUCCCUUUCGUUUCACAUGGACUCGGGCCUCCAGAGGUGUUCGAAGUGUUUUUUUCCCUCGUAAUGUGGGAUUAUAAGACCAUUCAUUAUUAUUUUUUUCCCUCUCUCUUUCGUUCUGUCUCGCGCUCCUCGUGUCAACAGAUCUCGGGAAAAUGCGCCCGAGGUCUUUAUUAAAAAUGAGGAAAAUUUUUUUUUGUUCAAGUACACAAAACGCGGUUCCCGCCCCCCCUCCCCUGAGGUGUCAUUUUUUUCAUCCCUGGGAGGAGAAAAUUUGUCGAGGUACAGGUGCCAUGAUUUCCUUCAAGGCAAUGAGAUGGAGCGUAAUUACACGUCCACGACAAUUUUGUGGGCGCCUUGGAUGUUGCAAAAGCAAUCAACGGAAUAGAAUAUUGUAUGUGCGGGAGAUGUGAUGAGUGGCCACCGCUGCAUCGAGUGCAAAGAAAAUUGGCACUUUCCAAUUAUAUUUCAAACUGACGGGGGAUGUAGAGCAAUUUUACUGUCGUGGUUUCUUAUAAUUUUGCAAUUUUUCCUUCCGAUUGGAAGUUUUGGAAGUGCAAACUAAGAAUUUGAGAAAUUGAGCACACGAUGUAAACGGAAUAUGUCAAUGAAAGCUUUUCAAAAAAUCGCCAUAGUUUUACUGAACAAAAUGACCCAAAAAAAUUGUUCUCUUUAACGGAAAAAAAUUAAUUGAAUUAUGUUUUUUUUACGCGAAAAUCGAGAUUGAAGUGCGCAACGUCUUAGAAUCAAUUGAAUGUUACUCACAAAAUUAAAGAAAUAAAGAAAAAAAAAAUGUGGUGGUGAACCUUCGAACGUUCACCGAACUCGGACGCUUUAAAUCGUCCGGUGAUCUCCCACCUGGUGCUUCCCCAUCUCAGCAAAACUCUCGCGCCUUUUACGAUUCAACGCAGUCUCCAUUCUAUUUCCAAGCGCACGACAACUCCAAGGGGAGUAAUAACAAGAGACAAAAGGAUCAAAAGGGCCACAACAUUUGACUAUUUUUUUGCGUCUUCCAUUUAUCAUUUUCAUUUUUUUUUUUCAUUAAAAAAAAUCUACCGUGAAUAUCGUGAGUUUUUGUGAACAGUGGGGGGCAAAAUGGGUCGUGCAAUGGUGUUUAUGUUGUGGGGAUUGACUGCGAUUGGCCUUGCACAUGCAGGUGCUGAACCGGAGCUACUCCCUGCAAGUGAUUUGAGCAACUUCUCAGGGUUUCCAACUCGUCACACUCCAGACCCCCGCGUCCGGCUGUCCACCACCCAACAGCAGCAGAUCCUCACCGACGUCCAGCAACAUCAAUUGCGCUACAACUACCCGGGGAGCUCCCACGUGACCUUUCCGCAGUCCCAGCUGACGUCCAAGUCCGACGCAUCGCUGUACCCCUCUCUCGCGAAAUAUAAAGUCGAUCGAACGAAGCAAUCAACAGAGCGACCGUUCCCGCAGACGGCCCAGUACUCGAUUCCCCAGUUUUCCUCCUCCCUCUACCCCAACCUGGCAGGUGCAACAGACCUGCCGAGUGCCUACUACAACGAUGCCUCUUCCAUCAGCCUCCAAAGCUACUACGAGAAACAGCGAGAACUUGAUCUCCUUCGGAAGCAACGAGAGCAGCUCAUUCUCGAGCAAAAUGAGCUCAGAAGACAGCAGGAGUUGCUCCGACUCCAGCAGCUGAGGGCUCUGACAUCAACAACUACAAGUACCACUACCCCGACACCAACGACUCCCUCCACGGUAUUGUUAUCGUCCCCAACAGCACGACGAAUUACACCAGCGGAGUCUGAGCUGUUUCUGAAAGCCAUUGCAACUCAUCAAAAGAAAUUCUCGACCACAGCGAAGCCAUUCACAACGUCCCUCACACCACUCACAACUGCAAAAGCUCACCAAGAUGUGAAGACAGAGGAGCCUCAGGACAUUCCCAAGGAUCUUCUGCAGCUCAUUCAGGCGCAGAACCCUCAGCUGAUCGGCACAGGCAAGAACAAGCCCCAAAUCAAGAUCAUUUAUCAAACUGAGAAGCCACCAACGAGGCCAAGCAAACCGAAAACUUCUGAGAAGGAACAGCUACUUCGUCAGCUAAAGCUGGCUCUGGCAGAUAAUGGCGAUGAUGAGGGAAAGAACGUGACGACGAGGGACCUGGUGUUGCCCAAUGGACGUAAAUUGCAGAUUAUCCAGGCGCCCAAUGGUCUGUCUUCCAUCAUUCCGAAUGAGGGCUCAAGUCAGUUCCAGACGGUGACACAGGCACUGGAUCUGAACUCUGGUUCCACGACGACGGUGAAGCCUGCCAAAGCAGUCCUGGAGGAACUGACCAAGGGAGUGCUACCUCCCGGCGCCGAUUUCGAAGUCUUGAGGCACAAGGAUGAUGGGAAACUUGAGGACGUGGCCAGGUCGACGAUCCAGGGAGCCGGGAAGAAGGUGACGUUUGUGGUUCUGGAGGAGCAGUCUGAUGGUUCCUUCAAGGUUCAAGGGGUGAAAGGCAAUUCCAAGGAAGACGGAGGGGUCGAUGUUGAGAGCAUCGUCGAGAAGAUUAAGAAAGGGGAAAUCAAGCUGCCACCGAGCUCCAAGAGCCCCAGGGAAUCCAAGACCACCACGAGGGGGGUGAGCAGAGUCGAGGAGAAGGUGACCACCAUCAGGCCGACCACUAUCAAGUACACAGGAGUACCUAGUGCUGCAAAAGUUAGGGAUGGGGAACCAUCGAUUGAUUAUUCUCCCCAAGUGACGGUAACCCCAAAAUCAGUGUCUCAGCUGGACAAUUACGUGACGUCAGCAUCGACUCAAUCAGCCAAUAUCUACAACUCAAUCUCGACGUUCAAUCCAACAACAGCGAGAGCCCCAUCCACCGCAUACAGAUCAAUCUCCACGACAAUUCAACCACUGAGAAGUCAUUUCAUCCCAACAAUGGCACCGGUUAGUGAAAUCAUAAGUACGACACAUCCGCCGGUAUUCACGACCUCGUAUGCACCUCAAUCCUCGUCGUACGUUCACUUCACUUCAACGGCUACACCGAUACCGAGGGCCAUUUCCAGUACUGAGGCUUCUACUCUCAACAACGCUGGGGCCAGUGAAAAUCUGAUAUUCAAUGAUUUCGGGGGAAGUCCAGGAUCGUCCUUUGAAACGAGUACUGGGGGGGAGUCUCAACCGCUGGAGACCAUUGCCAAUUUUCUGAGGAGGGAGGGACUCUUCGCCAUGGCCAAGUAUCUCAGACAGUCAGGACUAGAUACCGUACUCAAUGAAACUGGUCCCUACACGAUAUUUGUGCCCACCGACAAGGCCUUCAGGACACUCCUAGUGCAGCUGGGAGGCCCUGAGAAGGCCGAACAGAAAUUCAAGGAAAAUCCGAGAUUGCUAAGUGGUUUAUUAUUGCAUCACGUAAUCCCAGGUGCCUUCAGGAUCGACUCAUUGCAAGACGAAAUGACAGGAGUUUCACUCGCCGGAACUCAACUGAGAGUGAAUGUUUAUGAUAUGCAUGAUCAAGAGUGGAAUGACGUUAAGGUGACAACGAUAAACGGAGCAAGAGUAGCGCCCAACAAACGUGAUAUUGAGAUACCCCAGGGAAUUGCCCAUGCAGUAGACCGUGUUAUGUUUCCACUUCCUGUCGGUGAUUUAACGCAGACCCUUGCUGCCGAUCGCGAACAGAGAUUCGGUACUUUCCUGAGGAUACUACAUGCAUCCGGUCUCGAGGAUACCCUUGCUGGUACCAAGACAUUCACAGUUUUUGCCCCAACGGAUUCGGCGUUCGCCGCGGCGACAUCGAAUUCCGGGCGGCCGGUGUGGACCGAGGGCGAUGGUCCAGAAAUUGCAAAAAACAUAAUUUCACGGCAUAUUAUACCAACAACGAUGUACACGGCUGGCAUGAGGUUUUACCAUCAGAAGGACACACUCAGACCCCAGUUCACACUGAGAAUCCAGAAAAAUGGAGGUCGUAUCAAAGUAAAUGAAGCUCAGAUUUUAACUCACAAUAUUCCAGCAACCAACGGUGUGAUCCACGCAAUCGACUCAAUGCUCUGAUCAUUGAAAUUCCUUUGAAAAACACCCGAAAAAUCGUAGAAUCGGAAACCUGACAUUAAAAAAAAAUUCGCCACAAAAAAUGUGAAAAUGUUUGACGAUGAAUGCCAUAAGGUCGAAUGUAGAAGGGUUGGAGAACGUCCAUAAAGCACCACGUGCCUCCAAAAGGAAUCACAAUUAUAAAAACAUUGAAAACAGAAAAAAAUAGAAGUUCCACCUCCGAAUGGACUUUCUCAUGAGAAAUUCAUGAUCUUUUCAACUGGAGCACGUGGAUAAAUUUAGCACCUAGGCUUUCGCCUAGUCGACGACUAUGCAAGGACUAAUUUAUGAGUAAUCACUUGAAAAGAAUUAAAAAAUGAUAAUGCACGAAGGAAAGUAUUAACCCUCUUCAUCCCUAUUUUUUCUAAACCAUGAAAAUGAUAAAUCUUCUGUUGUAUAGUGAUGGUGAUGUGUCUUUGAUAGUUCUACCUGUUUAAGUUAUCUGUCGAAGAGUAUGUAUUAAUGCUAAAUAAAGUGUACAGAAUUUUUAA